GACCGACCCAUUUCUUGGCCGCCGUCGCUUCUUCCCUUGCAUUCACAUCCACCCAUCUCCGCCCGGCCAUUCCGUCGGCCCCUCGCACUUCGCCCUUCGCACACACACAACCACACACACACGCCCGCACGCGGCACUGUCCACAGUGACCCCCGGCGCGCCCACCACGACCACUACCGAUGAAGUUCGGCAAAACAAUCGCCAAGCGGCAGCUGGAUGUGCCCGACUAUGCGGCGAGCUUCGUCAACUACAAGGGGCUCAAGAAGCUGAUCAAGUCCCUGGCGACGAACGGCGCGGGCGCGGCCGCUGGCGCGACGAAUAAGGCUACGUUUUUUUUCAGAUUGGAGAGGGAGCUGGAGAAGGUCAAUGCCUUUUACUUGCAGAAGGAAGCGGAGCUGAAACUCCGGCUCAAAACGCUUGUCGACAAGAAGAAGCUGAUACAGUCACGCGGGGGGAACAAUUCGAAGGUGUCGACGAGCUCGAAGGUGUCGACGACGUACAUCACGCUGCGCGAGGGCUUCCAGCAGUUCGAGCACGACCUGAGCAAGCUCCAGCAGUUCGUCGAGAUCAAUGCGACCGCGUUCUCAAAGAUUCUGAAAAAGUGGGAUAAAUCUUCGAAGUCGAGGACAAAGGAGUUGUAUAUCUCCCGGGCGGUCGAGGUCCAGCCGUGUUUUAACCGCGAGGUGAUCUCGGAGCUGUCGGAUCAGGCCACGACGAGUCUCUUGGAACUCGAGGCGUGGGCGGAGGGCAUCAACAUUGAGUUUACGCAGAAGGUCACCGAGACCAAUCGCCGCGAUCCGCAGGAGGAGGAGAGUGCGGCGGACGAUGAGAUUCGCGGCGCGGUUCUCUCGGAGAACAUGGUGGUGCUCAAGGAGUGGGUCAGCAGGUUGAAGCAGCAGACGGAGGCGUCGGAGAAGGCGUCGGAGAAGGUGACGGCCAUCUUCCUGGCCCUGAUAGGGGAUGCCUCGGAGACGAGUCUGAACGUGCUGAUCGACUCCGGCUUCAUCAAUUUCCAUGCCGAGGACGAGAUCAACGAGAGGAAUUGUCUCCACGAGGCGGCCAUCGCGGGGAAGCUGUGCGUGCUGAAGGUCGGCGUGGAUAACGGCGUGGAUGUGGGACGGCCGGAUGUCUACGGCAGGAUUCCGCUCCACUAUGCGGCGAUGCGCGGAAGGGUCGAGAUGAUCCAGCUACUGCUCUCGGUCAAGCCGACAACGGUCGAUGUGAUGGAUCACGACAACUUCACAUCCCUCAUACAUGCCAUCUCACACAACCAGGAGGAGUGCGUGCGCCAGCUGAUCUUGUCGAAUGCGCGGAUAGACCCCCGGCACGAACAGGACUUUAUCCCGUUGAACCUCGCCUGCCAGUACGGGUUCGAGGAGAUAACGAGUAUCCUCCUCGAGAACGGCGCAUCUCUCUUGCCCGAUGCCGAGGGACUGUUCCCACAGCAUCUGAUCGCCCGCUCCGGCCGCUCGAUACAGCUUCUUCUGAUGCUGCAGAAGUACGGCGGGAAUCUCAACGAGCACGACAAACUGUUCCAAUGGACACCCAUCUUCCACGCCGCCAGCGAAGGCCACCUGAACUGUCUGCAGACGUUGCUGGAUUGCGGCGCGCAUCCGGAUGUUUUGGAUGAGAAAGGGCUGUCCGCGAUGUAUUACGCCGCGUGGGAAGGACAUCUGGAUUGCAUGCAUGUGCUCUCGAGCGCGGGACGGGGUCUUGGUGUAGUGGGUGUAGUUGGGCCGGCAGCACCACUGUCUAGGCCAUCGCCGCUCUCUGUGACUUCUACGCCGGCGGGAUUGAUGGCGCUGGAUCCGGAUGGAAUCCCAGACCUGUCAUUGCCGCCGCCGAUCCUACCGCUGCGUCGGUACGGCCACAACUUCCUGGAGAACAAGACGCUGGUGCAGCUCUCGUUCGAGGAGAUGGGUGCGGAAGCGGUGCACUUCGAACAGGAUGGUAAAUACCCGGCGGCGCGACUCACAAUAUCCUCCAAGUCGUCGGAUCUGAUCCCGCGUAACCUUCUGCUCCCGCUCAACGAGGAUUCGCGGUUCAUCUCGUUCCAGAUCGACACGUUGGAUGCGUUCGCGAUCGAUUUCGACAUCUUCCCCACUUUCGGUUCCAAAGUGCUCGCGCGCACUAUCGCCCUGGCAGAUACAUUCCGCAAUAAGAACUCCGGCCAGUGUGUUCUCCCGCUCUUCGAUACGAGGCUCCGCGCUAUCGGCCGGAUCUCGUUCGAAUACCGGAUUAUCAAGCCAUUCCAAGGGACGCCGCUCGAGAUCACGCAUUUCGCCACGUACUGGAAAGCAACCAGCCAGUUCGACCAGCACUCGAGCGCGCUGAUCACCGGUUCCUCACUCGCGGGAGAGUACCUCCGACUGCACGUCCAACUGACCAGCGACUCGGUGCCAGUGCUGUACCCGCACACCUCGAUAUCCAUCAACGGGCUGGACGUUCCCGUGCGGCACAUAUCGUACGCGCAGUUCCAGGCGCAAACCAAAUCCCACCAAGACCCGGAGGCCAUCUGGUCCGCGCUGUCGACGACCACCACACUAGCGGAAGCCUAUAAUCUCCUGGCGAAAUCGUUCCUGUCGCUCUCUGGCGCACUCGACCGACUGCUGCCAAGUGUCCAUAUCGACCUCAAUAUCAUCCGCCCUGCAUCUGAGAGCCAGAGCCAGAAUGUUAACCACUUUGUGGAUGCGAUAUUAAACACCGUUUUCGAUCAUGCAAGGAAGCUGAAGCAGACCUCGCCCGAUCUGACGAGAAGCAUCGUCUUCUCCAGCAGUGAUAUGAACGUUUGUACUGCGCUGAAUUGGAAACAACCGAAUUAUCCGGUGCUGUUUUCGAACGAUACUGCAAAGCGUGUGCUGGACAUCUUUGAUCCCUCGGUCGACGGCGUAAGCAGUAGUUGCUCGGUCAAGGAUGCCGUACGAUUCGCGAGCGGGAAUAAUCUUAUGGGGUUGAUAUGUCCCUCCAGCCUACUGGACAUGGUGCCGGCACUCGCACAAAGCAUCAAAGCCUCCGGCCUCGUCCUGGUAGCGCAGGAGAGCGAGGGCGGGAGCUCGACGCUACUGAAUACGGGCGUUGAUGGAGUCCUCACGAAGGAUGGCGUGCUAAAGUUCGAGGAGACGAUUGAUAUGUGAUGUUUUUUUAGUUUUUUUUCUUUCUCUUUUUUGUGUCGUCUGUUUCUUUUUUCUUCUUUUACUGUACUUGUGAUCCAUUCGCACGAAAAGAACGCUUUUUUUGUUUCUUGCUGUAGAUAAUUUACAAGACCCCCCCUCAAUUCCCGCUCCCCUCAUACCUACGUCUAUUAUACACCCAUCCCGUGCUGUGCUGUGCUGUGAUUAUCGGGUGGUGGUCGUCGUCUAGUCGUCUAAUCGGAUUUGGGAAGAACCGGCGCAUCCUCGAGCAGGAUGAGUUUCCGUCCGUCCUGCAUGGUGAGAUACCACUCCUCAGUCGCAAACUAUUUUGCCCAUUAAAUUAGCCUUCGUCCCCCCUCCCUCCCCU